AUGGCUCAAUCAGACCUGGGGUUUCUCGACAUCCACCCCUUCAUCCGCGAAGGGGUGCUCGAUCGGGCCCGCGGGUCGAUAUUCGGCGGUGCUUUAGGCGACGCAGUUGGGCUGUAUACCGAAUUUCUAUCGCAGGAUCUUCUUCGCGCUGCAUAUCCGGAUCGCAAGUUCCAGCUUGUGGACCCGGCGACGGAGCUGAAGAAUGAUGGACAUCGCAAUAAAUUUGUUAAAACUGCAUGGACUGAUGACACCGACCAUGCACUGCUCAUCGUGCUGUCCUAUCUGCAUAAUGGCCGGUUGGAUCCGCUCGACUUCGCGCAGCGACUGCAGUUCUGGUGCGAACAGGGUCUACGGUGUCUCGACCGAUUACCACUGGGAUUAGGACAAACAGUUGGAAGAACUGCGUAUCGACACUGGAAGACCUCGAACUACACAUCCGCUGCGAACGGGUCGUUAAUGCGCACUGCUCCGCUUGGGAUAAUGUGCCUGGGGAAACCCCGAGAUGAGACCUUCGAAAUAGCUGCGGCGUUUUCGAGUAUCACUCAUCCUGAUCCCCGAUGUAUUGUCGCCUGUGGUCUUGUCACCACGCUUGUCCGUGAUAUUUUGGACGGCCAGCUGCGCGUGGAAUCGGACCUUGAUAGUUCUAUUUUGUCGGCUGAGACGUAUUUCCAGGAAUGGAUUAGCAGGCAGAAUCUCUCGGUUGAGGAAGCUGCUAUGUACCCCGAAUUCGACCACGACGAGUACCAAAAGCAUGUAUCCGCCGAGAGCCUGGACGACCUUCAGCUGGACGACGGGCGGAAAAUGGGAUACGUUUACAAAACCCUAGGAGCGGGUAUCUUCGUCUUGCGACAAGGGCUUAGGCGCGUUAAUUCUGGAGAGUUACCCGACGGUCUAUUCGAAGAACUCAUCACGGAGCUGGUGCUACAAGGGGGAGACGCAGACACUAAUGCUACUGUGGCCGGUGCUCUGCUUGGUGCGCUGCUGGGGUACCGAGCCUUACCAGCCAAAUGGAAGGACGGCCUCAUGCAUGGUCAGUGGCUGUUCCAGAAGGCCGAUGCCCUGGCGUCCGUCUUGGGGAUCCAUCCCUUCCCCUCCUACGACGCCGAGAGGGAUCCGGAUAACCAGCUGGAUGGAGGGAAGCCACGACUAACCCAGGACCAGCUCGAGCGUCGUGAACAGGAGUUCGUCAAGGCCUAUUUUGCCAAGUCAGGGCAGCAGGCGGGUCAGAAGCAAACGGGCUGGGUGAGCAGGCUGUUUUGGAGAGCAGCAGCAUGGCCGCUGGAAGCUGGGAUGUAG